CGCGAAUAUUCAAGAAUUACCCUUUGUUGCCUUUUGACAAACACUGCGAAUUGAGUCUAAUUUCAUGGCGAAGAAUGGAGAACGUCCAAGCAUCGAUGAAUUGGCAGGAGGAAUCGAUGAAUUGGCAGGAGGCAUCGAUGAAUUGGCAGAAGGCAUAGCUGCACAUUUGCUUAAUCCAAAGACAAAUGUUCCAAUCACUGUGGGCAUUUCUGGUGAAUGUGGAUCUGGUGGGGCAGUGAGCAAUCUCAUGGAUAAGAUAAAAGAGCAUUUACUCCUCACAUCUGCUCAAGCUGCGUUUCCCGGCGAGUGUUUCGAUGGAGAAAAUCAAGCGGAACUCAGUGAAAAGGGUAGAAGACUCAGGGAAGGAGUUCACAAUUUAUUGGCGCGAGAAGACAAAGAAAAACACGAAAACGUGCUGGUCCGAUUUUUCAAGAAGGUAGCUGCCAAUUUAUCGGUCAAAGAAGACAAAGAAAAACAAGAAGACGUAGUGCUGCAAUUUUUGGAAGAAUAUCAAUCAAAACAUAAAGCCGUUUACAAAUAUUUGGCAUGCAUAGAGUUGAACCAACUGGUGAAACAUCCACAACAGGAGAACAAGGAGAAAUUAAUGGAAAUUCCUAGGGUUUUAACUGUAAAUUUCAGUGUUGAAGAUAACAAGGGAGAGCACGAAGCUUGCGAUGGUCUGGUAGUUGAAAUAACAGAAGAGAUAGAAAAGUCUAUGACUCGGGCCCAGCGCUGGAUCACUCGCUGGAGACAUAAGCGCGCUAGCUUUGUCGACAAAUAUGAUUGGAUGUUUUGGGGAGGAGCAUUCUUGGUGGCUUACCUAUUAUGGCUUAUUAUAAAACACUUUAACUUCAAAAAUGUUACAUGGGGAGCUAUUGUUGCAUUUGCAAGUUCAUUCAUUGUGCCUGUAGUCAAGAAAUUAUAUCAAUGGUUUGACUCGAAGGAAGUGAGCCAAUUUGUGAAGGAUCAUUUCCGUUCUCACAAAUCAGACCAGUAUGGCCAUCAGGAGACAGUUAUUUCAAAGCUCAAGUUUUUGAAGAAAGACAGCGGAAAAAAACCCUGGCCUAUUUUUUCUUUUUUCUCAGGUUUAAAAUUGGGUUUGAUGGAGGACAAGAUUGAGGGCACUCCUGUUCCCAAAUAUGGAUCAGCUCCACACAAGAAGCUCCGUAUAAUAGCCUUUAUGGACGGCCUGGACCGAUAUGAAGAUUCAAUGAUAGUGCGGGUGCUGCAGUCUUUAAACACGGUAGUUAAAGCAUGUGAAAUUAACUUUGUUUUAGCAUUGGACAAGAAUAUCAUUCGAAAAGCAUUCAAAUCUUCAUCACAGAAAGAAGCUGAUGCCGAUCAUUUAAUCAGCCAACUUAUCCAGCUCCCAGUCACUUUGGUACAUCCAGAUCUUAAACCCAUUUCGGAGAUGUCAGGUAUGCAAGGAAACACCACAAAUGAUAUUGAGAAACAGCAACCAUGCACAUGUGAAAGAAGGAAAAAUCUACGAAAACGUGUAACUCGGGUUCAACAUAUCUCGACGAUGAUGACACAUGACCCUGAAGAAAUGGCCACAUUUAAAGAUUUGAAUCGCUUUGGGAGAGAGAUCCCUGGGCUUCAUCAGAAUUAUAUAAAGUACCACAAUUUUGCAAGGAAUGUGAUAAGUCAAGUUAUGUAUCUUGCUCCAAAAAGUUCGUGGCAAUGGGAUAAGGAAUUAGUAGCUUGGAUCUUUAUUUGCUCCCAAUGGAGAGAAGAAAUGAACAUUCUCAUUCAGGAUUGGCAUGCCUACAUUGAUUUCAUAGACGACGAAAAUAGAAAAGCAAAACAAGAACCAUCCCUCACUCAGGAUUUGCAAACCUAUGCUGAUGUCAAAGAAAAAAAGGUGGAUACAAAACAGAAACCUUUCCUCAAGAAAAUUGUUAAUUAUAUAAUACAAGAAGCUGAUGUGAAAGGAAAAAAGGAGGAAACUGAUUCCGAAGAAAAGGGGAAGAAGGAAGCGGACUCCCAAGAAGAAAAGAACAAAGAAAAGUUGAAUAAACUGAAAAAUAUGUCCAAUUUUGGACAAGCUGCAUUCAAUUUUGAAGAAAAGCAACGAAGAUGGAAAAAACUAUACGAGGCCUUAAAACUCCAAGAUGUAUCAGUAAAUGGUAUUCAAUUCUUUCAAAACUUUAGGUUCCAUUGUGACGCAGGAUAUCUUAACUGCCCUCGUGAACUUUCAUUCAACUAGGUUUACCCUAAACUCUUGAGUCGCAAAUACUACAUUAUAUAGUGAAUCAACUAGGUUUACUCUGAACUCUUGAGUCGCAAAUACUACAUUAUAUAGUGAAUUACUAUCCUAUUAGAAGAAGAGCCAUAUGUAUAAUGUAGUGUAUUAUUAUUGUAACUUUU